AAUACUUUCUUUAUAACGAAGAAGUCAUGGUUUUACAUUUACUUUGAUCUCAAACCAACAAAGCAAGCAAAGCAGAUGCGUCAGCAACAUCAGAACCGGUUCAACAGUAAGUGUGAAAACCAGAUUCGUUGAACCUGGACACACCCAAUUUCGAUCUAUUUAUACAGACCUCGCAACUUCACAUAACUCAACUCAACCCCAAAACAAAAAAACUUCUUCAUUUCACCGCAUUUCUAUUAUCUCCAAAUAUAUAAUUUCAAAUCUAGAAUUUAAUUUCAUGAGUAUUUUCAUGUCCCCUAUGAUGGCAGUGAUUGGCACUCGCGGAAAAAACGAGCUAAAAAACGCGGCUCCGGCGUCGGAGUCAGAGCUGAAGAAGAGAAACGAAGAGCUCGAGAAGGAGUUGAAGGAAAGCAAAGAGAGAGAAGAGCAAAUGAGACGGCAGUUACAGGUCACGUGGGAGAGACUGCGCGUGGCGGAGGAAGCCGAAGAGAGGCUCUGCUCACAGCUCGGAGAGCUUGAGGCAGAAUCCGUCUAUCAUGCGCGUGAUUACCACGAUCGCAUCGUUUCUCUGAUGGAUCAGCUCUCAAACGCGAAGGGUCUCCUCCACAAGGCACUUCCUUCCUCUUCUACCUCCUCAUGAUUCAUUUGUCACUUUCUGAAAAUGAGACUUGAUAGAUUUUGAAUCAUCUUUACCUAUCAUGUAAUAAUUAUAGAUAUUAUUAGAUUAGAUGUGUGUAUAUGAUUUUGUUUAUUUUGAUGAUUGAAGAUUGAAUAUCCAUAUUAGCGUGGAUCCAAUCUUGUUCUGUUGUAACAAAUUUUGGUUUGAUUUGUUAAUUUGAAAAUACUUAGUUUGAUUGAA